AUGGAUGUUCAAGUUCAGCCAACAGACCAGUCACUGCCUCCCCAGACUGAAGAGUGGGAAGAAGAUGAAGACUAUGACGACGACGACAGCAGCAGUAGUGAUUCGGACAUUGACGCUGAGGCCCAGGAGCUUGCUCGAAGACUGGGCGAGCAGUUAUGGGCCGACCUGAACAGUGGUUCUGCAGCGGGGCCUGCUGAAUUGACGCCUGCAGUGGCCCAACCAACAAACGCGGUCGUACAGCCAGAAGGACCAACACCAUACAAGAAGGCAGAAGAGGCUGCAUUACACACCAUUAACACGGUAUUACAACUCCUUAUAAACGACCCACAAGCCCGAAAUAUUCUCGCCUCUACAUCCGUUCCAGAACUCGGCGGCAACGUCUUCGACCUUCUCCAACAAUGCGCAACGUCCAAGAGCAUCUCGAAGGCCAACGCGAUGCCUUUGAGCCAAGUUCUGGUUUCUCUCGCUAGAUCGGAACAACUCUUCAGCGGGCUUAGACACUCCGAUGCUUCUGCCGUCCAGCUUCAGCAAGGCAAGCGGAAAUUGGACGAAAUGGAAGAAGCGCACCUACAAGAUGCUGGGAGGGUUGCCAAGCGACCUUUUAUCCCCGAGCAAGACCUCCAAACUCAAGUGACGAAUGCAGUCCAGGGAAUACUACAGGCCUUCGCAUCUGCUCCUACUCCACUUGACCCGACCCUCAUAUCCUCUAUCCGCCUGCAACUUCAUCAAGUCUUCCUGUUCGCCGUAACUUCGUCCGCUCGAGGAGGUCCAGAGAUGCACCCGCUGCAGGAAAUCAGUGGCUUGAUUCAAGUCGUUGGUGUUUUGAGCGGUAUCCAAAUUGGUCAAGGCCCAGAGGCAGCAGCAGCAGCAAGCCAGUACCCACCUGGCUCUUAUCCGUGGAUUCCUGGCCACGGCCCUCCACCGGCGACGGAUAUUGGGACAGCGGUAUAUCCCUGUUUAAUCACCGGCUGCAAGAAGAUCUUCUCCCGGCUAUACAACCUUCGCGCGCACCAGAGGAACCACGCCGUCCAUCGACCGUUUCGCUGCACCGCUUGCCCAGCUUCUUUCGCUAGAAAUCACGAUCUGAAGCGUCACGUUAAGCUUCAUGAUCGCAAAGCGUGGAAGUGCGGUUCGUGCCAGAAGAUUUUCUCUCGAAGGGAUGCUUUCAAGAGGCAUACCAACAGCUCGAAGACCCGCGGUCCUAGAGACACCUGUACGGAUGCAGAUGUGAUCGAGGUGGAACUGGACGAUGAAAGCUCGCAUGAGACGCACCGAGAGGAACGCAGAGCCAAACUCUGGACGGGCAUUGCCAACGGGUCGAUGCAGGGGUUUUACCGCGAGCAUGCGACAAUGGAAGAGGGUGAAAUACACGAAUCGAUCAUCCAUGCUAUUCAAGGCUCGGUGAUGACCUUGCACCCUGUCCUCCAGGGCCUUGUCGGCAACGUCCUGGGCAUUCCCGCCCAACCAGGUCAGCCAGACCCACACAUGACUGACGCUGCCGGUAGCCAAGCGACGUUAGCCAGCGUCAUCGCUCGAGCGCAGUCGCAGAACCUACCUUCAGCCCUCCCGCCAGACCCUUCGAUGGUGCACCAACCUUUGCCACCGCCCGAGGUCGAGCCAGCACCCCCGCCGCAAGACGUGGAGAUGACGGCUGCACCCGCCGAAGGACCACAGCAUGACCCAGGCUCCACAGGCACGAGUUUGGCACCGUUGACCAUGUAUGGCUUAUCGGAUGAACAGACGAAGCUGCUGGAACUUGCGAUCGCGAAUGCUGCUUUGGCUGCCCAGGCACAGGCUGAAGCGGAGGCCGCCCUCGAGGAGGAAGACGAGGAUGAAGACGAAGAAGAGGAAGAGGAAGAGGACGAAGCAGAGGAGAAAGAGGCUGAAGCGCCUUCCGCGGAGCCUGUCACAUAA